UUUUUGGUGUCCCUGGAUGUGUUCUGCUGCCCCUGGGUGGAUUUUUGAUGUCCCUGGAUGGAUUUUUGGUGUCCCUGGAUGUGUUCUGGUGCCCCUGGGUGAUUUUGGUGUCCCUGCCCCGCAGAUGCUGCGGAUCUGCACCCGUUACACGCCGGAGCAGGACACGAUGACGUUCUCGGACGGGCUGACGCUGACCCGGACCCAAAUGCACAACGCGGGCUUCGGGCCCCUCACCGACCUCGUGUUCGCCUUCGCGGGGCAGCUGCUGCCACUGCAGCUCGACGACACCGAGACCGGGCUGCUGAGUGCCAUCUGCCUCAUCUGUGGGGACCGGAUGGAGCUGGAGCAGCCCCGGCGGGUGGAGCGGCUGCAGGAGCCGCUGCUCGAGGCUCUCCGCCUCUACGCCCGGCGCCGGCGCCCGCG